ACAAAAAAGUCUAUAUAAGAAGCAUUGCAUGCCUCCCAACUGUCUGUGUGUCACCAACAUAAAAACAACACUUGAAUUUUUUUUUUUUUCUGGUAUAGAAGAAAAUGUCGACUCUCAAAAACACAACUCAAGUUAACGGCGAUGCCUCAUCAUCCAUCGUUCGAGCUACAAUCGUCCAGGCCUCCACCGUCUAUAACGAUACUCCCAAAACUAUAGAAAAGGCGGAGAAGUUAAUUGCGGAGGCGGCAAGCAACGGGUCCGAGCUUGUGGUGUUCCCGGAGGGGUUUAUCGGUGGAUAUCCUCGUGGAUUUAGGUUUGGUAUAGCGGUUGGUAUUCACAACGAAGAAGGUCGUGAUGACUUCCGCAAAUAUCAUGCUUCUGCCAUUCAUGUUCCUGGGCCUGAAGUAGAUAAACUGGCGGAACUAGCUAGGAAAAACAAUGUGUACUUGGUAAUGGGGGCUAUAGAGAAGGAUGGCUAUACACUCUACUGCACAGCCCUUUUCUUCAAUUCUGAGGGUCGAUUCUUGGGUAAGCACCGUAAGGUCAUGCCAACAAGUCUCGAACGUUGCAUAUGGGGUUUUGGGGACGGAUCAACCAUCCCUGUUUACGACACACCCAUUGGCAAACUCGGUGCUGCUAUUUGCUGGGAAAAUAGAAUGCCCCUCUACAGAACUGCCCUGUACGGAAAGGGAGUUGAAUUAUAUUGUGCACCUACUGCCGAUGGUUCCAAGGAAUGGCAAUCGUCGAUGAUGCACAUUGCCAUGGAGGGUGGAUGUUUCGUAUUGUCGGCUUGCCAGUUCUGCCAGCGUAAAGAUUUCCCUGCGCAUGUUGAUCACCUUUUUACCGACUGGUACGAUGACCAACACGAUGAAGCCAUUGUCUCCCAAGGUGGUAGUGUCAUUAUUUCACCAUUGGGAAAGGUUCUCGCUGGACCAAACUUUGAAUCAGAGGGUCUCAUCACAGCUGAUCUUGAUCUUGGUGAUAUAGCAAGAGCCAAGUUAUACUUUGAUGUGGUGGGACAUUACUCUAAGCCAGAUGUUUUUAACUUGACCGUAAAUGAGCACCCAAAGAAACCAGUUACAUUCGUUUCGAAGACGGUGAAAGCUGAGGAUGACUCAGAGUUUAAGGAGAAAUAAUGGAGAUUUGAAGGUCGUCAGUUUAUCCUAUUCUCAACUACUGGAGUUCAUGCCAUGCCAGUCUUAUGUUAUUGUCUUAUGUUAUUGCCAGUUCAAAAUAUCCUUUUAGAACUCACAGUUAAGUUUGUUUAUUUUAUGUUUCAAUAAUGUAAGAGAACCAGUUGCAUGUGGAAACCAAUUUGUUCUCUUCUCUUGUACUUGAAUAUUAUGCAAUGAAUUUUAAGUCUAGUAGUA